AUGGCUGGUUUCUCAACAUUCAUCAUCUUUACCUCUGUCUUCUGUCAGCUCACAGUAACAGCAACUUCUGGAACUCUGAAGGAGGUGGUUGGUGCCCUUGGUGGAUCUGUGACCUUCCCUCUGAAUUUCACAGGAAAACAUGUUGAGACUAUUAUAUGGAACUUCAGGUCAAUAUCUCUUGCCAUCGUAGAUAAGGGCAAUGUCCUAGUGCUCCAAAAUCAUAACAAAAAACGGAUAGUCUUUCCAGAUGGAAGCUACUCCAUGGAACUCAGCCAGUUGAAGAAGAAUGACUCAGGUGUCUAUCGUGUGGAGAUUCACAGCCCAUCACUUCAGUAUCCCUUCAUCCAGGAGUAUGUGCUGUAUGUCUACGAGCUUCUGUCAAGGCCCAAAGUCACCAUGGAUGAGCAAGACAAGAACGGCACCUGCAUAACCAACCUGACAUGCUCCAUGGAAGAAGGAGGAGACAAUGUGACUUAUAGCUGGAAAGCCCUAGGGCAGGAAGUCAGUGAGAUUCAUGACGGUGCCAUUCUCCCUAUCUCCUGGAGAUUGGGAGAGAAAGACAAGACCUUAAUUUGCAUGGCCAGAAAUCCCAUCAGCCACAGUUCUUCGACUCCCAUCUUUGUCCAGAACCUCUGUGAAGAUGCUGCCAAGGAUCUAAAUUCAUCUAGGGUCAUCAUAUACAUCAUACCAUUGCUCAUUGUGCUCAGUUUCUUGGUGUUUGUCAUUCUUCCUACUAUGCGGACAGAGAAAAGAAAAGGCUCCAAGGAUGACACUGAGAGAGUGGACAGCCACCAGGAAAAGCCCAACUUCUGUCCCCACUUGGAAGAGAAUACAGAAUAUGACACAAUCCCUUACGUUAAUGGUACGAGGCUGGAAGAGGACGCAGCAAACACACUUUAUUCCAUUGUGCAGAUCCCCAAAUCGGUGAAGAGUCCCAGCUCCCUGCCUGCAAUGCCCCAUAUGCCAAAGCCAUUAAGCUUUGACAAUAUUAUCUAGACAGCAGCACUCUCUCUUCUCACUCAAGAAAACCCUCAAAGAAUUCACCAUUCUCAGCAGAAACGGAAACUUCUAUCAUAGAUUGAAUGUAAAUGCCUUCCCACCCCCAAACCCAUGUAUUUGCAUACAGAUGGUGAAGGCCAGGCUCAAGGGGGUUCAGAGCACAAUGACUCUUGGGGAUGGGGAUAGAGCCCAUUCAUAUUCCAUUUAAUGAAGAAAUUUUCAAGACAGCAUACCAUCUAGGCCAUGACACAGCCAUACUCCCUGUAAGAAAUCAAAAACAAAGAAAAGGAACAGAAGAUGUGGAAAACACGCAGUUUGAUAAGCAGCUUGAAUGCAUUUACAGUUGUGGGGAAACUGGGUAUGCACAAUGCAGCCAUAACAGUUAAAGAGAUGAGCUCCAUUAAAGAGUAACCCCAGACUUUGCACUAGGACAAUAGAGAAGGAUCACCGAGAGCGAGGCCCUCUCUAUCAGGAACUCCAAGUUAUAAACCGAAAAGCCCAUUUGAAAAGCUUCCAUUUAAAAGCAAGAAUGACUGAACACAAAGUGUCCUACUUUGUCUCAUCAGACUGGGAAAGCGUUUCUCCAGAGUCACCUGCACAGGUUCUCAGAGCCUGCUGAAACCCUGACUCAAGGGGGUAUGGCUCUAUCUUGGCCCAGCAGCAGAACUUGGCAGUGUCCAUAAAGCUGGUGGCUUUGCAGACAGGCAGAAUGUAAAGUCUAGGAGCCAGUGAGGCUUGUACCAAGGUUCUGGUGGGGGAAAGCCAAGUGAUGUAUAUCAAGAUUGGUCGGAGUGGAACUGCUGUGUAACAAAGCUCAGGUUGCAGUGUAGACUCCAGGAUACUGGAGCUGCCAGGAACAUGAAGCAUCUGCUGAGAAAACUCCAGGCACUGAAUGCAACCAAGAAAGAGGCCAUAUGUGCUUUAGGUAGCAAGGGCCAUGGAAACAGCCUCCCCAAAUCCACGGGAGCACACGUGAUGUCACCAUGUAUCCAGGAUGCCAGAUAUGGAGCUUCAGGGUUUACGUUUCCCUGGUGGAUUUUGACCUAGCCUUGGUCUGCUCUUUCUUUGCUGUGCUCCAUUCCUCCCUUUUCGAAUGUGAAUGUGUCCUCUACCUUUGUAAGUAUGUAAGUUUUUAAAUUUUGUUUUAUAGGGACUCACAGCUAAGAGUUUGCCUUUCAUCUCAUAAAAGACACUGGACAUUGGACUGGUAUGGCCAGGGACUCUUCAAGUUUGAUGGAAUGCAUUUUGCAUUGUGUGAUGACCAUGAGUCCAUGUGAGCCAAGGUGGAGAUGUUAUGGAUUGAGUCUAAAAUAUGCUCCACAGCCUCAUGUGUUUGAACACUUGGUGUUCAGUUUGGACAACUGAUGGUAUUUUUUAGGGAUGCCAUAGAAUCUACAGAAGACAAGGCCUGCCUGGAGAUGGUGGGUCUCCUAGUGGCAGGCCUUGAAGGUGAGAUUCACUUCUGGCUCUGGGCUGAGCCUUCUGCUUCUACCUCAGGUGGAGUUCUGCCUACCACGAUGCAAAGAAGCAGCCAUUGCAAACUCCCUCCAACACAGACCAAGCCCUUGCAGCCACCAUGCCUUCUGAUGAUGGAUAUCAACCUCUGGAACUCAAAAUCAAAACAACCCUCUGCCCCUGUGAGUUGCUUCUGUCAGGAUUCUGGCACAGAAGCAAGAAGAGCAAUUAAUACAACUUCUUUCCAGAAUAAGCUAUUCACAUGCUACUUUGGACUCUGAGGUUCAUUUUGUCCCACUGCUGAGAACUCUCCUCAAACCCAGAGUCUGUAUUCCUUUCUGUAAAUGUGACUGUGAAUCUGUCAGUUAGGUCUAAGAAAAAAGCUUGGAUAUGCCUUGACAUGUAAGUACAAUAUUAAUUAAGGCCUUGGGACAGGAUCUCAAGACCCAUCUUAUUUCAGAACUUGAGAUCAGAGCUAUAACAGGAGAUUGCUUGCCAGAACAGACAGACAUGUCCAGCACAAGCAGGUAUAACUGCCCCAAAUUAUGUAUUAAUUUAUUAAUGGAACCAUCAACUAUGUGCCAGGUACUGUUUUAAGCUUGCAUGGAUUAUUCCAAUACACUCUGCUCUCACUUAACAUUUCAGGAACUACUUUACAUGGAGCCACAGAAACAAUGACUAUAGAGUGCCAGAAGGCCCCAAGUGGGUAUGCAAGUGCCAGAGGUCAAAAUGCACAAGGACAGAAAACCCAACUAAAUACCUAUGUUUGGCUGGUACCAUCCCCAUUGAGUGUCCAUCACUCAAAGCAUGUGGUGAAGGACAAGGACCCCUUACCUCUACUUCACUUAUACUUGCAUGCUCCAAGGGAAAAGCCUAAGCCCUGGGCCUAUAGAGGAGUCCAUCUUUCUCAACAGAGAAAUAGCCUGAACACACAUUUUGGAUCUAAUCCAAGACCUGGAGUCAAGGGAUAGAGUCUGGGGUUUGAUGGCUUGAAAAAUCUUUACAGUUGUUAAAUUUUUUUUCAACAAACAUUUAUUGAGAACUUAUGCUAGGUUAGUAUUCUAGGGAAAAUAGACAUAUUCCCUGCCCCAUAGAGCUCAUUUUAAUUUUUGGUGUUGUGAAAGAGACACGGGAAAA